GUCCGUGUGGGUUUCUCGACAUGGCACUCUUUCACUUAAUAUCCAGCUGGGCUGUUCAGGCGCUUUUAUUUCUCUUAAUUCUGUUUUUCAUCGUGUUUGUCGCGUUCUGUUUGUACAUUAAAAGUAUUCACAUGAAGUAUGACCACAUACCGGGACCACCCAGAGACAGUUUUUUGCUCGGACAUAUCCCAACGAUCAGGAGGGAAAUGCAAAGUGGACGAGUUGUGCACGAAAAGUUCCUGCAAUGGGCUGAGACGUACGGGCCUGUUUGCAGGAUGAAUGCGCUGCAUCAUGUUGCUUUGCUUGUGACCUGCCCAGAAACGACAAAGGAAAUUCUGAUGUCUCCCAAAUACCCAAAAGAUAAUUUUCAGUACAAAAGGAUCUUCAACCUGUUUGGUCAAAGGUUCCUUGGCAAUGGCCUGAUUACAGCACUGGACCAUGAGGUGUGGUACAAACAACGUCGGAUCAUGGACCCUGCCUUCAGCAGUCUGUAUCUCAGAGGUCUAAUGGGUACCUUCAAUGAAAGAGCAGAAAAAUUAAUGGAAAAACUUUCAGAACUGGCUGAAUGUAAAACUGAGGCACCAAUGCUUCACUUGGUCAACUGUGUUACCCUAGAUGUCAUCUGCAAGGUUGCUUUUGGAGUUGAUUUAGACCUGUUGAGGAAGGCAUCGCCUUUCCCGAAAGCCAUUGAAAAAUGUCUGAUAGGGCUGAUUCACUAUGCCAGAGAUCUCACGUUCGAGUAUUAUCCAAAGAACUGGCAGUUCAUUAAGGAAGUGAAGGAGGCCUGUCGGCUACUUCGCACAACUGGAGCAAAGUGGAUCAACGAAAGACGAACCGCCAUUCGAAAUGGGGAGGACGUCCCCAAAGACAUCCUCACACAGAUCAUCGAAACUGCUGCAAAAGAGGAAAUCAUGACAGAAGAAGAUGAAGAGUUUAUGCUGGACAAUUUUGUGACCUUCUUCAUUGCUGGUCAAGAAACAACAGCUAACCUCCUUUCUUUUUGCAUCAUGGAAUUAGGAAGACAUCCUGAUAUCCUGGAAAAAUUGAGGAAAGAGGUGGAUGAUGUCAUUGGAAUGAAAAGGGACAUAAAUUUUGACGAUCUGGGGAACUUGGUGUACCUCUCUCAGGUCCUAAAGGAGACUCUGAGGAUUUACCCCGUAGCUCCUGGUACGUCUCGAGAGAUACAAAAAGACCUCGUUAUAGAUGGGAUCCACAUUCCAGCAGGAUUGACCAUUUUUUUUGACUCCUUUGUGACUGGGAGGAUGGAAAAAUUCUUCAAGGACCCGCUCAAAUUUGAUCCUGACAGGUUUCACCCAGAUGCUCCGAAGCCUUAUUACUGUUACUACCCCUUUGCUCUCGGUCCACGCUCUUGCCUGGGUAAGACCUUUGCUCAGAUGGAAGCUAAAGUGGUGAUGGCCAAACUGCUGCAGAGGUUUGAGUUCACGCUCGUUCCAGGACAGACCUUUGACAUCUUGGACACCGGCACUCUCAGACCAAAGAGCGGAGUGGUGUGCACCGUCCAACAGAGAAAAUAAAUGGCCAUGCAACAAACUAGUGUUAAUGGUACUAUUGUGAUGUUAACACAAUGUACCUUUAGGACAUUGUUUGCCAAAAUUUGUCCGGUUUCCUUGUUAAACAAAUGACAAACUCACCCACAUCAAACAAAACAUGUUUAAAUAUCAAAUAGAAAAAGACAUCAUUGGUUGCCGCUUUCUUUCAGUGCUGUUUAGAUUCACUAGAUGUCCUCUAACAGUUGUGUAGUUUAUUUAAACACAGGCUAUAUUUGCAGGGUAGUUGCACAUGAAAUACAAUAUAGGGUCAAUGUGAUGGCACUAAAUUAUAAUUAUUAGUAAUUACAAUAAAAUUAUUGGUAAUUAGAUUAUAAAUAUGAAUUAUAAUUAGUCAUUUUAAAAAUAAAUCCUUGGAAUUUAGAAAAGGGGUUACGACCCUUAAACCAAGAAUGGUGGUGUUAUUUUACUGUGUCCUAUGAAGUUGAUCCACAAAUAACCAGAAGUCAAGAACAUGCAAUGUUAAUUUCCAAAGGUCACCAAUUUUGGAAAUCCAAGAUGGUGGCCACAACCACCAUUGAGGAAAAAAACGAAAUAUUGUUUUUUUGUAUUUCUCAUUUCACAAACUUUCUAAAAAAAUAUUUAGUUUACCAAAUCUCCAAAAUUGUUUAAAGAAAUUACACAAGGAACAUGUUUCUAAAGGUUGCUGAUUUUGGUAAUGCAGGAUGGUGGCCAUAACAACCUUUACAUUUUUUUUUUUUUGUAUUCCUUGUAUCAUAAGCUUUCUAAAAAUGUAUAGUUUACAAAAUUCCCCCCCCCCCCCCCCAAAAAAUAAAAAUUACACAAGGAACCAUUAUUUCCAAAGGUCACCAAUUUUAGAAAUCCAAGAUGGCAGCUGUAAUGCCCUUAAAACUUUUGAUAUAUAUAUAUUUAAUUUCUUAUUUCAUAAGCUUUCUAAAAAAAUGUGUACUUUACUAAAUCUCCAAAAACUUUUCACAAAUUUACACAAGGAACGUCACUAUUUCCUAAGGUUGCCAAUUUUGGAAAUCCAAGAUGGCGGCCAUAACUUAAGAAAAAUUAGAAUGUUAUUUGUUGUAUUCCUCAUGUCACAAGCUUUCUAAAAAAUAUGUAGUUGAUCAAAUCUCCAAAAAACCUUUAAAGAAAUUACACAAGGAACAUAUUUCUGAAGGAUGCCGAUUUCAGUAAUUCAAGAUAGUAGCCAUAACAAUCUUUUUUAAAAAAAGGAAACAUUGUUUUUUGAAUUCCUUAUUUCAUAAGCUUUGUAAAAAAUGUGAAGUUUUCCAAAUCUCCAAUAAUUUUUAAAAAGACCUUUGAAUAAUUACAUAAGGCACCUGACUAAAGUAAGGGCCCCUUCACACAUAACACGAAAGAUGCAGAAACCGGAAGAAAAUCCGUGAACCAAAAAGGAAAUGGGAAACCACAAAACAUUCCACCUGCUGUCGAAAGGGAUGCACGGUUUGGACAGGUGUGCACGAUACUGCGUCGCCAGUUUCAUGCAUGCUCGUGUUCACGCGCACGAACACAAUGCGAGCAUGUGGAAGGUCGCGCACACAGCAGCGGAGCACAAAAAUUAAUAAAACACCACAAUUUAUAAUACUUGAUUCCUGUUAUAAAGAGCGGAUUUAGCCUCCACCUAGACGUACACCAGGAAGUAAUGAAAUGACGUGGAUUAGUGUUCUCUCAUGUUUUACAUGAACUACCUGAUGCGCUCGUCUCAUGAAGAGCCGGCCUCUCGCGUCGUGAACACAUCAGCAGGCAUAGUAUGUCCAGCGUGCAGUGAUCCGCUACAAAUGUGUUUUACCAUCUACCGAGUGUGCAAACCUGGUGAAGACUUAGAGGAAACAUUUGGCCUCUGUCAUUGCCAACAAAGAUUAUGUUACAAAGUAUUGAGUACUGAUU